AUGUCUCAUCGUGAUAUCUCUGAGGUGGAGCCCGAAGGUACGUCGGCCCUGGCCGCAGGAUCGAGGGCCCUAUUUCUAGAAACAGUGAAGAAAAGUAAUGCAGCCUGUCAGAAUGGUGAUUACGCCCUGGCUGCUAAUUUAUACACCGAGGCCCUCGCACUUGAUCCACUCAGCCAUGUACUAUACUCCAACAGAUCAGCAGCACGUCUCAAGAUGGGCCUCUUCGCACUGGCCCUUCAGGACGCUGUGCGAGCCACAGAGCUCCUCCCCCAGUGGCCCAAGGCCUACUACCGCCAGGGAGUGGCCCUCCAGUGCCUGGGACGUCACGGAGAGGCCCUGGUGGCCUUCGCAACAGGAUUAGCUCGAGAUCCCCUGAACUCCCAGCUGCUCUCCGGGCUCGUGGAGGCCUCCCUGAAGUCUCCACUCCGUCCAACCCUGGAGCCUACUUUCCAGCAGCUCCGAGCCAUGAAACUCGACGAAUCUCCAUUCGUGGUGAUCUCCGUCGUUGGUCAGGAACUACUGGGGGCUGGACAGUACAAAGCAGCUGCAGGAGUGCUCGAAGCAGCUCUAGCCAUCGGCACCUGCAGUUUAAAGCUCCGGGGGUCGGUAUUCUCGGCGUUAUCGAGCGCCUACUGGGCUCUCAACUCCUUGGACAAGGCUAUCAGCUACAUGCAGCAGGAUCUGGGGGUCGCCAGGUCGUUGGGGGACACUCAGGGGGAGUGCAGGGCUCAUGGAAAUCUGGGGUCAGCUUAUUUCAGCAAAGGAACGUAUAAGGAAGCUCUGACGGCUCAUAGGUACCAGUUGGUUCUCGCCAUGAAAUGCAAGGACGCUCAAGCGGCGGCAUCAGCUCUCACGAGUCUCGGUCACGUUUACACAGCCAUUGGAGAUCUCCCCAAUGCCCUAGCAUCCCACAAACAGUGUGUGCAACUCGUGAAACAAAUAGGAGAUCGUCUUCAAGAAGCUAGGGAGAUCGGCAACGUCGGCGCUGUUUAUCUGGCGAUGGGGGAGUUCGAGAGUGCUGUGGAUUGUCACACGCAGCACCUGAGGAUCGCCAGGAGGCUGGGGGACAGGGUGGAGGAGGCCAGGGCAUUCAGUAACUUGGGGUCCUCACAUCAUUACAGGAGAAAUUUCUCUCAAGCCAUGGCUUACCACGAAAAUGUCCUCAAGAUCGCGCAGGAGCUGGGGGACAGAGCCAUCGAGACUAGAGCGUAUGCUGGGCUCGGACAUGCUGCUAGGUGUGCUGGGGAUCUGCAGCAGGCAAAGCUGUGGCACCAGAGACAGCUUGACGUUGCACUCUCGACCAAGGACAAAGUGGCUGAGGGAAGGGCCUGCAGUAAUUUGGGGAUUGUUUAUCAACUGCUGGGGGAACAUGAUGCUGCGUUGAAACUCCAUCAGGCGCAUUUGGGAAUAGCGAGAUCUCUGGGUGACCGAGCAGGCAUGGGCAAGGCCUACGGCAACAUCGGUAACGCGUACAACGCGAUGGGCUACUACGAGCAGGCCAUAAAAUACCACAAGCAGGAGCUCACCAUCUCCAAGGAGGUGAACGACCGUAGCUCGGAGGCCUCGACCCACGGCAACCUGGCGGUGGCCUACCAAGCGGUCCAGGGCCACGAGACAGCCCUGCGCCACUACCGCGCGCACCUCUCGAUAGCCCGCGAGCUCAAGGACGCAGCGGGCGAGGCGUGCGCCCUCCUCAACCUCGCCAACUGCUUGUCCUCCCGCGGCCGCUUCGAGGAGGCAGUCCCCUACUACGAGAACUACCUGAUGCUCUCCCAAGAGCUCCACGACGUGGAGGGCGAAGGCAAAGCCUGCCACUUCCUGGGUUACGCGCACUAUUGCCUGGGCAACCACCGCGAAGCAGUCCGCUAUUACGACCAAGACCUAGCCCUAGCGAAAGACCUCCAGGACAAAUCGGGGAUGGGUCGAGCCUACUGCAACCUGGGGCUGGCCCACCUGGCGCUGGGCAACCUAGACACAGCCCUGGAGUGCCAGAAGUAUUACCUAGCAAUAGCCCACAUGAUGAAGCACUUGGCGGGUAAAUUCCGAGCCCUGGGUAACAUCGGGGACUGCCUCCUUCGCCUCGGCGAGACCGAAGAAGCGGUGAAAAUGCACCAGCGUCAGUUGAACCUCGCCCGGCAGUCGGUGGACCGUUCCCUGGAGGCGGCAGCCUACGGAGCGCUGGGGAUCGCCCACCGAACGAUCCGAAACCUGGACAAAUCGCUGGGUUUUCACACGCAGGAAUUAACCCUGCGACAGGAGUCCGGUGACCUCCGAGGGGAGUGUCGAGCCCACGGGAACCUCGGGGCGGUGCACAUGGACCUGGGUCAGUACACCCACGCGGUAAAGUGUUAUCAGGAGCAGUUGGACAGGGCUAGGGAGCUCGGAGACUCCGGGGUCGAGGCGCAGGCCCUGGGCAACCUGGGGAUAGCCCGACUGAACAUGGCGCAUUACGAGGACGCCAUCGGCUACUUCGAGCAGCAGCUGGCGACCCUGGAGCCCUUGACGACAGCCACCGCCCUCCUGGACAAGGCGAGGGCGCUGGGGAACCUGGGGGACUGCUACGAGGCCCUCGGGGACCCCGAGGAGGCCGUCAAAUGUCACGAGCAGCAGUUGGCAGCGGCGGUCAAACUGAGGAGCGUUCGGGACCAGGAGAGGGCGUACAGAGGGCUCGGGCGGGCCCGGGAGGCCUCGGGGAACCUCGGGGAGGCCCUAGUCUGCUUCGAGAAGCGUCUGGUGGCCGCACACGAGGUCGACAGCACGGAGUCGAGGGGCGCGGCUUAUGGGGAUCUGGGGCGGAUCCACGCGGCCCUGGGGAACCACGAGCAAGCCGUCAGCUGUCUGACCCAUCAGCUCGCGCUGGCGAGAGCCCUCGGGGACAAGGCGGGGGAGGCCGAGGCCGCCAGCGGCCUGGGAGCCGUUCACCUGUUGAUGAACGACCCAACGAGCGCCUUGAGACAUCACCAGCUGGAACUGACCAUCGCCGAGGAACUCGAUGCGGCCGGUCUGCAGGCGCGAGCCUGCGCCAAUCUGGGAGCGACUGAGGAAGCUCUGGGGCAGAUCGACGAGGCGAUCAGGCUGCAGGAGCAGUCUCUGAGUCUGGCAGCUGCCGCGGGGGAUCAGCCGGCCCGAGCAGCGGCUUUCUCAUCCCUCGGGAGGCUGCAUCAUCUUCGGGGAGACCUCGCCAGGGCGCUCAGCUAUCUGCAGUCUGGGCUGUCCUUGUCCGAGGGACUCGGCAGGCGCGAGGAGGUCGCCAAACUCCGGCAUCGGCUGGGGCUCGUCCACUGGCAGGCCGGGGAACCCUCGGUGGGCGUUGAACAGCUGGAGAAGGCGGCUAAUAUUCUUGAGUCGCUUGAGGGGGGUCUGAUGGUGCAGGGCCAUGCGGAGCUGUUGAACGAGACUUAUGGGACGCUUCAGAAGGUCUUGGUGGAGCUUAAUAGGGCGGAGGAGGCACUCAACUGGGCGGAGAGGUCCAGGAGGACCAAGAGCUAUCAGUCGAUCAAUCAUAUCGAGGAUGCGACUCAUUAUUCGGAGAUUGUGGACAGGCAGAGGGGGAUUGUGUUGUAUUAUAGUGAAGUGGGGGGGGAGCUGCAUGCCUGGUGUCUUGCGCCGAGCAGGGGAUUGCUGAGGUUUCACUCGACUGCGUUGGAGGAGGGGGUGAGCCUCGAGAAGCAGGUGAUUGUGGCGAGGGAGGCUCUGUUGGGGGAGUCUUCGGAGGUUGUCGAUGAGAGCACCAAGAUCCCGAUGAGGGGACAUCUUAAUGCCAGCUCCUACAGCUUGAGCUCGCUGUUCAGUGUUGGGUCCGCUUCGUCCAGGGCGGGGAGCGCCAGGUGGGGGCGCGCGGGGAAGGGACCGGUCUGGCAGGCCCCCGGGUGUGUCCAGGCGCUCUAUGAUCUGCUGCUGGGACCUUUCGAGGAUCUGCUGCCGCCUGUCAGGAAGGAGCUCAUUCUGGUCGUGGAGAAGGCGCUGUAUCUGGCACCGCUGCCUGCUUUGCAGUCCGGACCUGGGGAGGACUAUCUCUGCGAGAGGUUCUCGCUGCUGGUGGUACCGUCGUUGGCGGCCCUGCGGAGGAGGACGAGAACACCGAUGCCCGAGGGUGGCGCCACUGUUGCCGCGCUCGUUGUGGGAAAUCCCCUUUUGCCGGAGGAGGUGAGGGAGGAGAAUGGCUGGCCGGAGAGCGCCAGCUCCGCGGAGACGGAGGCGGGAAUCGUCGCGGAACUGCUGGAGACUCGACCGCUGACUGGUGCUGAAGCAACAAAAUCAUCGGUCUACCGUUCCCUCCCAGACGCCGAAUGCGUCCAUCUGACGACUCCAAUCCUCUGGAACUCGUCCUCCCUGGCUCUCUCCCCAGACCAGAACGAGGAGUCCUCGGAUCCCCCAGAGUACCUAAUAUCCUCAUCCGACAUCACGAGAUUAAGACUGACCGCACGUCUAGUUGUGCUCUCCAGUGGACACUGCUGGAGCAACGACGACACGUCGAACGUUACCCCUGAUGGGGUCCAGGCACUGGUGAAGAGUCUGUUGAACGCUGGGGCACAGUGUGUCCUCGUGGCCAUGUGGCCUGUGCCAUCGACAGCAGGGAGUAUUUUACUGAGAGCAUUUUACAGUGCUCUCCUGCAGGGUGCACGGGCCUCGAGAGCCCUCGCUGAGGCCAUGCAGACGGUGCAGCAUACCAGACACUUUGCACAUCCUGCCAACUGGGCUGGGUGGCUGCUUAUCGGUGGUGAUGCUCGAUUAUCCAACAAGGUUGCAUUGAUGGGUCAGGCACUGGCAGAGCUCCUUCGCAGUGGUCCAGAUCAGUCUCGUGAUGCCUUGAGAGUGACUCUUCACUUAGUAGAAAAGUCCCUCCAACGAAUUCAUCGGGGCCAGAAGAACGCUAUGUACACGACUCAGAGGAGCAUCGAGAACAAAGUUGGCCCUGCAACUGGUUGGAAGGAGCUCCUGAUGUCUGUCGGGUUCAGGUUCGAGCCCGCAGGCAACGGCAUCCCCUCCUCAGUAUUUUUCCCUCAGAGCGAUCCCGAAGAGAGACUCACGAGGUGCAGUGCCAGUUUGCAGGCUUUACUGGGACUGGGACCAGCUUCUCUUCAUGCUCUAGUUCGGCUUCUUCAGGCUCCAGAAGUCGCUGAAGACGUCAUAACUGCGAUGAGAAAAGCAGGAAGUGCAACAGAAGGUCAAGAAGUGUCUCUCCCUGUUCGAGUCUGGAGAGCCUCAGGGUCCCACGAGUUAUUCGCAAGCUUGGGGAUGGAUCUGAUGGAGGUUGGACAGGCAGAGGUGACCCUCAGAACCGGAAAACAGGCCUCGAGGAGGGCGGUGCAGUUUGCACUCCAGGCGUUACUUGCUUUAUUCGACACCCAAGAAGCACCGAAGAGCCUCAGCCUCGACUCCGGAAGUUCAAUGGAGAGUUUAGCAUCUGUACAACAACCAGAGAAGAAUGGCCUCCUGGAACGUCCAAGGUUGGGUGGAGCUUUUGCUUCGUACGUCAGACAUCGUGGAGAGCCUGAUGGGAAGACAACCGAGCCAUCUUGCGUUCCAAUGUCUCGUCAAUCUUAUCCGAAUGAAGGAGGAGAAUCAGACACAGCAUUCACUCCAAGUCCCCCAGUGGCCUUGACCCUGAACCACCAGGCCCGAAUAAGGAGCUUAUACCAGGAUCAAGCUCUUCAACCAGACUCUAGCUCAAGCAGUUCAGUGACAGACUGGGAGAAUGGUCACAAUACAGUUCUGAGGAGACAACCACUCCCCCCAAUCCCUCCAACAGUCUUGGAGCGCCUGAGUGUGCGAACAGAGUUGGGUACAGGUGCUGCAAGAAAAUUGAGACUUCCAGGAAACAAUGAAGAGCUGAACCAAACUGAUUCCUCCACUGGAACCGAUGGAAUGCCACAGAUGAGGAAUUUGGGAAAUUCUCUGACAGGAUUGACGAGGGAAUUGACACCCACCAUCUCCGAUGUUUAUCAUGAACGAAAUUUGGGGCUUGGGUUGGCCCCGUCACUCUCUAAAUUACUUGAGGAAGUCGGGAAUGUCACGGAGAGCGAACAGAGACAACUCUCAAGAUCGGAGACGAGCCAGACACAGAAUUGGCUGCAGAACGAGCCAGAAUUGUGCAGGAGGGACGAGGCUGAUGGGAGAUCCAUUGCUGAGAGCCAAUGUAGUGCCACUAGCUCCAACAAAAUUCAUCGGAAAGCACCACCUCCACCUGUUUGAUAUCCUCAUUUCUUAGAUAAUUUUUCGUCAAUGGGAUUGAUCAAAUCAACGAAGUGAUGACAAUUUAUUGUUCAAGAAAUGACGAAAAUUUGAACAGAUUUUUUUGUAAAUAUUUUGGAAACCAGUGACUGAGAGAAAAUGUAAAGAGAAAUUUUUCGAAGAGGAGAGAAUUUUCAUCAGAAAGUCUUGUGAGUUUUCUUUAACGACUGAGUUCUGGAAUUAUUCAAUAAUCGAUGGAUCAAAGUUGUUGAGGGAAGCGAAAUUUUCCAGAUGCGUUCAUUAAUUUCGCAUAAAUUAUUUUGUAAAUACCUCAGUAACGAGUAAAAAUUCUCACCAAAAAAAGUUCAGAGUUUUUUAAAAUAAUAAAUCAGCGAAUUUAGGAAUAAAAAUGCAAAGAAAUCUUUUUCAAAGCCAAAAAGAUUUAAAAAAUUCUACGAGACUUUCCUCUGAAUCCCUUCAUUUCGAAAAUACCUACAGAAUAAUUUGUAAAUCUCUUUUGGAAUUAUCUCAUGUCACCACUUCAGUACUGAAAUCAUAUCUAAAAAAUGAAAUAUUCGUUCUUAAAAAUCUCAAAGUAUUCAAAGAAGGGGCGAAAUAUUUCGACAACGGGUAAAUCCCUCUCAAAUUGUGAUUCUUGCCAAGAAGAGUGAAGUCGAUUAAUUAAAAAAGAAACUGUGUAUCCGUCCAAUAACACAUAGAAAAUUGAUCGCAGGUACAAUAUACGUAUGAAGCACUCCAAACGUU